UUCCAGGGGGAGAGGCUGAAACUUCAGUCCGGACGGAGCAGCGCAAAUGAAUGGAGAGGAGGAGCGGCGGAGUUUAGAACCGGAGUUUAGAGAAAGUUUCUAACGGUGGAAAAGGAGCGGCUUGUCCUCCAGCAGCACCCGGGGGAGGGAGAUGGAGUGGCCGGGUAACUGCAGGCAGAGCUCGGGACUGGACUCAGCUUUACUGGAGGAGCUGCAGAUGCUGUAGAGCUCAGAUCUCAGAGCCUGGAUACUUUUACACGCAGAUAAAACACAAGGAGAAGCGAAUUAAAAACGCUGGGAUGUAAAAACAGGGCUGAACUGGAUUUACUCAAGAUUUAAAACCAGAAGUUCAGACUGCAGAAAGUCCAGAAAGUGGAGGAGUGGAGGUUUUUUCCUGUUCUGUGGAUGUUUUAGCAGAUCUUCAGCAUGGGGAAUAUAGAGAGUGUGGACGGACAGGGCGAGAUGAAGCACCAUCUAAUGCCUUUAAAAGUCCCCAUGCCUGAUGCAGCUGAGCUGGAGGAGCGCUUUGCUAUAGUUCUGAACUCGAUGAACCUUCCCCCGGAUAAAGCCCGCCUCCUCCGUCAGUACGAUAACGAGAAGAAGUGGGACCUUAUCUGUGACCAGGAACGCUUCCAAGUGAAGAACCCCCCGCACACGUACAUUCAGAAACUGAGGGGCUUUUUAGACCCAGGAGUUACACGCAAGAAAUUCCGCAGGCGGGUUCAGGAAUCCACCAAAGUUCUGAGGGAACUGGAGAUAUCGCUGAGGACCAAUCACAUCGGGUGGGUGCGGGAGUUCCUGAACGAUGAGAACAGAGGACUGGACAUACUGGUGGAGUAUCUCUCCUUCGCCCAGUGUGCCGUCAUGUUGGAUUUUGAGGGCCUGGAUAAUGGAGAUGACGUCUCACUGGACAAGACAAAGUCCUGGAGCAGGUCUAUUGAGGAUCUGCACCAGAACGGCUUCGGGACUCUGGUGCGCUCGAUGCGCCACUCUGUCCCUCGCUACGGCACGGCAGCAAACAACAAAACCAUCAAGAACUCUCGUCUCGUGAGUCAGAAGGAUGACGUGCACGUGUGCAUCAUGUGUUUGAGAGCAAUCAUGAACUACCAGUACGGUUUCAACAUGGUCAUGUCCCACGCGCAUGCGGUCAACGAAAUCGCCCUGAGUCUGAACAAUAAGAACUCACGGACAAAGGCUCUGGUCCUGGAGCUGCUGGCUGCUGUGUGUCUGGUGCGAGGAGGGCAUGAGAUCAUCCUCUCAGCGUUUGAUAACUUCAAAGAGGUGUGCAAGGAGAAGCAUCGCUUUGAGAAGCUGAUGGACUACUUCCGCUGUGAAGAUGGAAACAUUGAUUUCAUGGUGGCCUGUAUGCAGUUCAUCAACAUUGUGGUCCACUCUGUAGAGGACAUGAACUUCAGAGUACAUCUGCAGUUUGAGUUCACCAAACUGGGUCUGGAUGAUUUCCUGGAGAAAUCCAAGCACACUGAGAGUGACAAGCUGUCGGUACAGAUCCAAGCUUACCUGGACAACGUGUUUGACGUUGGAGGACUGCUGGAGGAUGCCGAGACGAAGAAUGUGGCUCUGGAGAAAGUGGAGGAGCUGGAGGAUCAACUAUCACAUGUGACGGAGAAGCUCCUGGAGGUGGAGAAUGAGACGGUGAUGAAGGUCGCUGAGCUGGAGAAGCAGCUCCUCCAGAAAGACAAGGACUUAACAGCUAUCAGGGAAACAUACGAGUCGACCAGCACACAGGUCCACACACUCCGGCGGAUGAUCCAGGAGAAGGAUGCCGCCUUCCAGCGACACACCAACAUCGAGAAGAGGCUGCUGGAACUGGAGCAGCAGGGCACCAUCCGCCUCCGAAAGCAGCCUGAUGGAGACAUCGCCAUCGAAGCUCUUGGUGGAGGCGGAGGUGGAGGCGGAGGUGGAGGGGGGCAUGCUGGGUCUGCUCUCAGGGAGGUGGGCUCAGGGAUUCCUGGUCUUACUGGAAGUGGAACCGUGGCAGAAAUUUCUCCUGCUGCUGUGGAACCUCCUGCUCCACCUCCACCACCUCCUCCACCUCCCCCUCCACCCCUACCGUCUGCUGCAGCAGAGUGCCCGCCUCCCCCACCUCUGGCCCCCCCGCUUCCUGGAGCAUCACCCUCCGUCAUCCUCAGCGUUGGAUUAUCAGCUAUACGCAUCAAGAAGCCCAUAAAGACCAAGUUCCGCCUUCCCGUGUUUAACUGGACUGCACUGAAACCCAACCAGAUCAACGGCACUGUCUUCAACGAGAUUGAUGAUGAGCGAGUGCUGGAGGAGCUGGACCUGGAGAAGUUUGAGGAGCUGUUUAAGACGAAAGCUCAGGGUGCCGUGGUGGAUCUGUCCUGUACAAAGAGUAAAGUCUCUAACAAAGCAAUGAACAAAGUUCAGCUGUUGGACGCAAAUCGAUCUAAGAACCUGGCCAUUACCCUGCGCAAGGCCAACAAGAGCACGGAGGAAAUCUGCAAAGCCAUCCAGACGUUUGAUCUGAAAGCUCUGCCGGUGGACUUUGUGGAGUGUCUGAUGCGCUUCCUGCCCACGGAGGCGGAGAGUAAGCUCCUGCGGCAGUACGAGAGAGAGCGGCGGCCUCUGGAGCAGCUGGCCGAGGAAGAUCGCUUCAUGCUCCUCUUCAGCAAAAUCGAGCGUCUCACGCAGAGGAUGAACAUCAUUACGUUUGUCGGGAACUUUAGCGACAACAUCAGCAUGCUGACCCCGCAAUUAAACGCCAUCAUUGCUGCAUCAGCCUCAGUGAAGUCCUCUCUGAAGCUUAAACGAAUGCUUGAGAUCAUCCUAGCCCUUGGAAACUACAUGAACAGUAGUAAACGAGGAUCCGUGUAUGGGUUCAAGCUUCAAAGUUUGGAUCUGUUGCUGGACACUAAAUCUACAGACCGUAAGAUGACGUUGCUUCACUACAUCGCUCUGAUAGUGAAGGAGAAGUACCCUGAGCUCGCCAACUUCUUCAACGAGUUGCACUUUGUGGACAAGGCAGCAGCAGUGUCUCUGGAGAACGUGUUGCUGGAUGUGAAGGAGCUGGGUAAAGGUAUGGAGCUGAUCAGGAGGGAGUGCAGUCUGCAUGAUCACGCCGUCCUGAAGAACUUCCUGCAGAGCAGCGACCAGCAGCUCGACAAACUGCAGAAAGACGCCAAAACUGCUGAGGAGGCCUUUAACGCUGUGGUGAUGUACUUUGGUGAGAGUCCCAAGACCACUCCUCCAUCGGUCUUCUUCCCUGUGUUUGUGCGCUUCAUUAAGGCUUACAAGGACGCAGUUGAGGAGAAUGAGCAGAGGAAGAAGCAGGAGCAGGCCCUGAGGGAGAAACUGCUUGCUCAGGAGGCCAAACAGCACGACCCCAAGGUCCAGGCUCAGAAGAAGCGGCAGCAGCAGCACGAGCUGAUCGCUGAGCUGAGGCGCCGCCAGGCCAAAGACCACCGACCCGUUUACGAGGGCAAAGACGGCGCCAUCGAGGACAUUAUCACAGCGCUGAAGAGUGUGCCGUUCACCGCCCGCACGGCCAAGCGGGGCUCGCGCUUCUUCUGCGACUCCAACCUGUAUGACGAGUCCAACUGCUAGCCCCUCCCCCAAAAAUCUAGCCCUUAUGCUGAAAGAUCUCCGAAGCCAGCCCUUCCUGCGAGCUGACGCGGUGAUCCGAAACGGGUGGAAGCGACCCUAAAGACCACCCUUUCACUCACUCAUUCACACCCAGCCCCCAGCCUCCCCCCGCCUUCCCCGCUUUGCCCUUGAAAAAGGCGCCUCCCUGCAGCUCACAGUGACUGCGCUCGCAGGCCGGGACUCGGCUGCGAUCAGAAGGGGGCGUGGGUGUCCUUAUUUAUUCACGGAAAAGGAAAAACCUUUGACUGCCGCACUGGAGGCUCUUUCUCUCUCAACAGAACUAUAAAAGCACAGACAUUAAACGUCGCCACCCUUCCCUCGAGCACGAAAAACAGCCCGAAGAGCGUCGUCGGGCGGCCUUGUCGGGGACAGAGGGGAAAACGGGAACUUCCGGGAACUUCCCGGAGAGCAGGGGAAUGGUGGGAUGGUGUGAACAUAUGAGGAGAACACACACAAACACACACACACACACACAUACACACUACCGUCCAAAUCAGACAAGCCUGCCAGCACAGCGACACCCCAACAUCUUUCCUGACUGUGUGCAAUUUAAAGCUGAACUCUUACUGACGGAGACGCCGGCCCGAGGUAACGCACCAAACAUUUGAGGCCUUUUUCUCUAAGCUUUAAUUUUGCUAUAGUUUGCUAUAAUUUCUGCAGAUAACUGUUAAAAAAAAGUUAUCAUAUAAUAUUAACAACAAACAUCUGACCAAACCUCUUUGUUCGGAAAGAAGUGCCUUCUUUUUUUUUUUUUUUUUUUUUAAUCCUGACAGUAUUAUUAGCUUAACUAUGUAGCCGACAUAGAGGCGCGAGAGGUUUCAAUUAUUAUUAUUUUAUACUGAUUUAUUUCUCUGUUUUUUUGUACUUACAUUUUGUGUAACUUCUACUCAAACUGUAAAUAGAUAUAUAUCCCCUCCCUCCCAAAGAAAAAAAAUACCAAAAACAACAGCUAGUCACUGCAUUGUUGCAUUAUAGAAGAAUUUCUGGCUGUUCUAGACUAGCCUGGCCAGUCUUUGCAGUUUUUGAGACAGUCUUUGUGACUUUGUGUCUUUGGGGACCUGCUAUACGCUAUACUGUCACAGCUGACGCUGUUUGAAUGUGCCUUGUGUUAAAAAGCAAAAACAACUGUUGAAUUAAGGUAUUUAUUUGUAAUGAAUGGCAACUAAGUACCUUAAGCUUAAGCGCUAAUGUAAAUGCGCCUCUCGUCAAGUUGCUAGAGGCUAUUUCACAUGUGUUUAUGUCCAUUUUUGUAUGUAUUUUUUUAUGAAUGUCAAACGUACCAAAAUUAUGAAGACUACAAUGAAGUAUAGGCCAUAUACACACACACACGCACACACAUACACAGUCAUAUCAGAAUAUGAUGAUUACGUUCUUGUUUCUACCCUCAUUAUCCAUCGUAUCAGAUGCACUGAUAAUAUAUGACACUUGUUUUUUUUUAUUACAGACAUUAGUCCUUCUGUUCUCACCUUAUUCUGAAAUGAUAACUGUUACUAUUAGUAUUAUUAUUAUUAUUAUUAAUAUAUUAAUAUAUUAAUAUGGUGGUGGGUCAUUAUUCUCAGCUGCUGCAGCUCAACCCAAUCAGCUCUCAGUCCUGCCCCGCCCCUAAACCCAUACAUCACCCCAUUCAAUUGCCCCAUCCAAUUUUUAGCAUUUUUUUUAGCUAAUAAUAAAGUAUGUAGUGAAACAGAUACAGAACUACAAUCUGUAAAUAUUAAAGAACUACAAAGUGUCCUAUAUAUUAUUGUGUAGAAUCAAAAGAAGGAAGCCGUAAUAUCCUGAUAUGACUGUAUAUAUAUUAAUAUCUCAAAGCCUUACGCUGAUGAGCUGAAGUAACAUUCCUAUUCUGAAGGUCUGGCUGGUCUUCAUUACUCUAUUCUGCUAUUCAGGAACACUGCAGUGUUUAAGGAGCAGUGUUUUUUUCAGUGCACUAGUCAUUGGGAAGUGAAGUGAAAUUUUACGAUUGUUACAAAAAGGGACGUCACUAUAUCAGCACACUACAUGAGGAGCAAACCUGUGUGAACAACACUAGAUCUUAGGGUCUGAUGCUGUGUCAUUUAUUCUAUAGAAAAGAAACAAAACAAAACAAAAAAUAAUUAAAUAAAUGAAGGGCUUUAAAAUAUUGGACCAAAUGAAGCCAUUCCAAUUUGUGGAAAAAUAAAAAGCACAAAUAAAAAUGGAAUGUUCCUG